AUGUUGCAGCAUCGAGAAAAGGCGCAUGGCUGUGUCUUGUUUGUGGGAGGAUCUGUAUGGGCGAUGGAUUGGGCACCUCCCUUCACGGACUCAAUGGAUGGCGUAGGAGGGAGGAAGGAGAUUGGAAGAAAGUCUCUGAUCUGCUUGCAGGCGGAAGGGUUUCUUGCUCUUGCCACCAUGCCAUCAGGUCAUGAAGAGACGCAAAUCCGGACGAGAGAUAACAGCAAGAGUCUGAUCCAGGUUUGGAAAGUGUUCGUGGACAGCCAGCAGGAAUCGGUGAUUGACAGAUCAUAUGCUCCCUCGCUCGAGUACACGUUUGGUGUUGAUUGCGGAAUUGCGUUGGCUCUGUCCUGGUGUCCAGCUCGCUGCAGCCGCACCACCUUCAGGUUGGGCAUCUUUGCGGCGGCAACGAGCAGCGGGCACAUCUUGGUCUACUCGGUCCCCAGCUCAUCGGUGCCCCAUGACAACAACAAGUUUGUCUCCCUCCACACAGAAACUCAAGGGUUCCACCUCACUCACGGACCUCUCUUCUCGCUCCUCGUCAACGAGGGCUAUCCAACUUGCCUCUCGUGGUCCCCGGGGGAAGCAGAACCCUGGGUGGCAGCAGGGACCACGGCGGGCUCAAUAUUCCUGCUUCCCCUUCUCCCUGAAUUGCUCGGUGAGGAGCGGGAAGAGUCUGUAGACGAUGAUGCCAUUGCUUCCAGCGGGAGUUUUGCAACAGGGGGCAUCGACGGCAAGGUGAAGCUGUGGAGCAUUGAAAACCUCAACUGGCCCAUCUUCGUGCAAAGUGUGUCUAAGGGUACGUGGGUGACGUCGCUCGUGUGGGUAGACGGAGGAAGCAAGCGGCAAGCAGCCCAGGGGAGGAAGAGCAAGGGAGGAUCGCAGAGCGAUGAGGGAAGACCAGCCAUCGUCUUCACUCUGGACGAUGGACGUGUUGGCACCCUAGCGAUCAAGCAGAUGGUGCAACGGUGGAUUUUUGCACGAGAGUUCACUUUUUGGGACUCGAUCUUCGAUGAAGCAACGGACGUGCUUCUUCUUGCCUCCUCUGAGGGCACGAUGCUCGAGAUGCCCUUGGGCCUGCUGGACCCCGUCCACCUGCCCCUCCCGACCUCGUUCCUCAUGGCCGAGCUUGCGAUGAGGCAGAAUGUGAUGGAGCUGCGAGUGAGCAACGCGCCCGACCGCCUGAGCAGGAGCCUGAAGCAGAGAUUCGAGGCGUGCCCGCAGGUUGAGCGUCGGAUUCGAACAGCGGCGAGAUCCACCGAUGCUGAUUCCUUCAAGACUGCCGACCGUCUUGGCAAGGAUGGGCAAAAGAAGGGGAACGAGAAGGGAAAACAAAAAAGUCCGGCAGCCGGCAAGAAGCGGAAGCAGGAGGAGGAGGACGAAGGUAAGCUCGGCUCCCCCCCUGCCUUGCUCACAAGAAGGCAGGCAGAUUGCAGGCUGUCGCAGCGGCAGGUGACAAGUUAUUAUUUGCCCGAAGACCCUCCAAACACUUUCGUCUUUAGCUCUUCGAUCUCUCGCUCUGCUUCCAACCGCUGCACGUGA